GAGCGCGUAGGUCCGCCCCUUCCGGCGCGUUCCCCAUCAUGGCUCAGGGGCAGCGCAAGUUCCAGGCUUCCAAGCCCGGAAAAAGCAAAAAGGCGGCGGCGGCGGUGGCGGCGGCGGAGCGCAGCCGGGGCCUGAAGAAAGGCGCUCGGGUAAUCGCCCCCAAGAAGGCGCGCGUCGUGCAGCAGCGGAAGUUAAAGAAGGACCUUGAGGUGGGGAUCCGGAAGAAGAUCGAGCACGACCUGGUGAUGAAAGCCAGCUCCAGCCUGCCCAAGAAGCUGGCACUGCUGCGGGAGCCUGGCAAGAAGAAAGGGGCCGCCGCCAGCCCCGCGCCGUCCUGAAGGCCCCCUGCGCCUCCUCCUCCCCUCGGGGGACCCACAAGGACUGCUGUGCCACUGGGGUCCCCACUGUCUGCACUGCCUUAACCCAGCAAUAAACUUGCCCCUCCUGUC